CGAUUGUUUCAGCAGAAAUGAAGAAGGUGUUGUGCUUUGCUUUGAUUCUGGUUGUCGUUGGAGCCCAAACAUAUCAACCAUAUCGAAAAGACAAGCCCGGUUUCUGCCCACCAAUGACAAAUGAUGAAGUCGGACUCUGCGUAUAUUCUUGCUCAUCUGAUGACAAUUGCCCUGGUAAACAAAAGUGCUGCAGCAAUAGCUGUGGUCGUAGCUGUCAGGAGCCUACCAAUUUAGACAAGCCCGGCUUCUGCCCACAAGAUGCGAGCGAAAGACCCUGUGCUGAUAUUUGCUCCUCUGAUGACAGUUGCCCUGGUAACGAAAAAUGCUGCCGCUACGACUGUGGUCUUAGCUGUCAGGUGCCUACCAAAGUCAACUGUGAAACGGUGUACCGGUAUUGUCCAAGACAAAGCUGUACCAACUACGUCCGACCACCUGGCGAGUGCUGCUCAGUCUGCUCCGACACCCGAUACUAGACCCGACAGUUCUUACAGGGGGAUCGACGCUAGGGGUCGCUUUCCUGGUGCGGAGCGGUAUAGCUGUGACGUCAUCGUUUUUAAAUAUAUGCGAAUAAAGAUCGUAAUUUCUAAACAUUUGUUUGCAUUGAAAUUGCUUUUAUAACAAUUUGAAUAGAUGUCUUUUCAUUAUUAAGCUUUGAUAGUGUCAUAAAAAUAAACAUAUCAUGCAAAUUUCGCUGAAUUGUUAAGGUGUUGAUAAGCUGUAAAGAAUUUGGAAUAGAUUAAAAACAUAACGCUGACAGCGGAGAGAUUGUUAGCGAUUAAAAACUUUUGGCAAGUGAU